AUGGCGACUUCAGUCCCAAAGGACGAUGUCAAGGUUACAGGUCAGAAUGACCUUGCUCCAACAACCAGCUACAUCGACGGCGAAGUUCUCGACGAAGAGAUUGACCACGGAUACCUAAGCGCUUCAAAGUUCACAAAGUUCUACAGGAGCGUUUUGUUCCAGAUGAUCCUCCUUGGGCUUCUCUCCUGUGUUGGUCCAGCCAUGUCAGAUGCCAUUUCCAACCUUGGAGGCGGUGGUCUCUCCACUCCAUAUCUGGCAAACCUGGCGACCUCGCUGAACUACACGGCAGGCUGUUUGCUUACUCUCUUCGGCGGCCCCUUGAUCAACAAGUUUGGCAUCAAGUGGUCCUGCACAAUAGCUGCGGUGGGGAUGCCUCUUUCGGGUUCUGCGUACUACGUAUGUGCAAAGUAUCGUGUAAAUUGGUAUCUUAUCUUUGCAAAGAUACUUACAGGAUUCACAUAUGGCUUUCUAUACGUCGCAGAGUCUACGGCCAUGUUGUCAUAUCCUCUGGCAAACGACAGGGGCUUCUAUCUAGGUAUCUGGUCUGCAAUGCGUAAUUCGGGUAGCGUCAUCGGAGGCGCCAUCAACUUUUCCAAUAAUCACAGUGACUCCAAAGCAGGAGGCGUUGCGUGGUCUACCUACCUCGUCUUCAUUGCUUUCGACGGGUGCGACGUCGUGAUAGCACCAAGGUUCCUAUAUCCGAUAGAGCCAGCUGGAAGCAAGAGUUUGACCUGGCUCAUGGCUUUACCUGCUUUCUACUCGUUCUUCUGUGGCGGAACCAUGGGCACCUAUCUUUCGUUGCACUUUUCAGUGCGGGCGCGCGCAUUGUCUUCUCUUCUCCUCCCGACCUUAUCCAUCAUCCUGGUAAUUGCCUACGGAAAGCUUUUGGACAGGUCCCGCUGGUCCCAGACCAAGCGAGCAUGGAUAUCUUUUGCCUGCUGGCUGAUUCCCCAGGCAGCCUGCUUCAUCUGGAUUGGUGUCGAGUACGCAAAGUUUGGUCCAGGCCAACUCGAAAACGCUCUAGACUAUAAAACCAAUACCAGGAGAUGGGCCGAAGCCUACCUCCCAUAUCUUAUAAUGCAGUCCACCAGCUACGUGUGCCAGUUAUCUCUGUACUGGAUCCUCGGUACCUUCUCCACCAACGCCGGAUCCUCCGCUCGUUCAGGCGGUUUGCUCCGGGCGUUUGAGACCGCUGGACAAACUGUCUCAUACGCCAUCAACUCUCACAGCGGCUCCGACGCCAGAAUUCCCUUCUAUGUUCACGCUGCAAUCCUGUGUCUUACUGUUCCGUGCAUGGUGUUCCUGAUUCAGCUAGUCCCUGAAGCGCCGGCUGCUACGGAUAUAGAUGCGGAGCCAGUCAUGGAGGGUGUACCUGAUAACAAGCAGGUCAUUUGA